CGCCAUUAAACUCAAAGAAGAAGAAGUACUUCCGGGAUACACAGAAAACUGAUUAGCUUAUUGUUACUUUUGCUAAUGCGUAUCGUGCUGAUACAGAAAUGCACGUUUCUCAGACUCGAGCGAUGAGUUAAUGCACGUUUUCUGACUUUAAUUUUCUUGUGAAGCUUCCUCCUUAGGCCCCUGCUGCUGCCUACGCACACUGAGAAACAUGACCGAUCAACGAACCCCAGGAAUGUCCACUGUCCCCCAGACAGCCCCGGUGCUCACUGACUCCACAUCUCUGGCAGUAGAGAUGGAUCCAGUGGAGUACACCCUGAGGAAGCGCCUCCCCCGGAAGCUCCCAAAGAGACGUAACGACGUUUACGUCAACAUGAAGACUGAUUUCCGGGCUCAGCUGGCACGCUGUCAGAAGCUGCUAGAAGGUGGGGGUCACAGGGAGAUCUGUGUCCAUGGCCUGGGCUUGGCCAUCAACAGAGCCAUCAACAUCGCCCUUCAGCUGCAGGCCAGCAGCCAGGGGGUGCUGCAGCUGGCAGCCAACACUUCCACGGUGGAGCUGGUGGACGACCUGGAGCCUGAAGAUCCAGAUGAGGCCAGCGAGCCCAUGACACGUACACGCAACAACUCAGCCAUUCAUAUCAAGGUUUUCUACCCUGACCCUCAGUAACCAGAGUAAGAGGUGUGUUAAGCAGCGUUCUCCAUGCGACUUUAAGUCCUAUUUGUUCCCUCAUCAACCAGUAGAGAGAUAUAACACUGUUGUCUGUGUGGAGAUAUUUGAGGACAACAGAAUGGAGCAGACAUCAGUUGGUUCACUGUGACACGAUGCUCCGAUUGGGAAAAAUGUAGUUGAUUAAGCUCUUGAUGUCAAUUGCAAGUUGUUGUUUUUUAUUAACUUUGCAUGUAUUGAGGCGACAAUGGUGACUCAAUUUAAUUUAAUACUUGUAGAUAUAUCUGUGCCAAAUGUAAAACGUACAAGUGUCUUUAAUUUCAAGGUCCUAUUAAGGGUCUACAAAAGUGUUUACAGUUCCAUGUCUUUAUGUUUUAAAUGUAUAAACACUGAGAAAUCCUGAGUUUAAAGUAGGUGUUGCAAUACAUGUCCACUAGAUGUCAGUAUAUGUCAAUCUAUUAAAGGUCAUGUUAUUGAACUGCU